AUGGACAGCUAUCUGGAUGAACUGGAGAAGAGAUGCAAUGACAAUUCUUCAUUUUCCUCUGAGGAACUGCUGAUGUACUGCCUGCUCCUACACCUGGCAGGGACAGACACUACAUCCAAUACGUUGCUGUUUGGCUUCCUCUACCUCAUGGCCAGACCACAUAUUCAGGAACGCUGUCAGCAGGAGAUAGACCGAGUCCGCGAGGGGAAGGACUCUGUCACAUUUGAAGACAGACACAACAUGCCUUAUGUCCAGGCAGUUAUUCACGAAGUUCAGAGAACUGCCAACACUGUUCCUCUCGGCCCAUUCCAUUCAACCACCAGAGACACAGAGCUUAUGGGCUACUCUAUUCCUAAAGGCACUAUUGUCAUCCCCAACCUGUCGUCAGCGCUCAGUGAGGAGGGACAGUGGAAGUUUCCUCAUGAAUUCAACCCUGAAAAUUUUCUCAACCACAAGGGAGAGUUUGUCAAACCAGAUGCCUUCCUGCCCUUCUCUGCUGGUCUUCGAGUGUGUUUGGGAGAAGGCCUGGCCCGUAUGGAGCUCUUCCUCAUCAUGGUGACUCUUCUGAGGAAGUUUAGCUUCAUUUGGCCUUAGGAUGCAGGAGAGCCUGACUUUACUCCAGUGUUUGGCAUCACCAUGACGCCAAGACCGUACAACAUGAAAGUAGAGAUCAGAUGA